AUGGAUUUACUAUAUAUUAAUAAGAUACCUGAACUUAAUUAUGAAAAUGAAGUUACUAAAAAGAUUGUCUUGAAAAUAAUACAUAAAUUAGAUAAGCAACAGAAAGAGGAAUCACGAAAUACAAAUUUUUACAACAGAAGCAAAAUUAUAAAUUUUUUUUCUGAAGCUGAAUUAUUAUUUAAAUAUCAUGAUAUUGAAAAGAAGGGAGAAUUGGAUAUAAAAUUAUUCCCUAAAAUGGCUAGACAGUUAAAGCAAAUUUAUGAUAUAAGAGAUAUAAAAAGGUUUGAAAAAGAAAUGAAAACUAAAAAAUUAAGUAAAAUGAAUUUACCUAUGUUUUUAACAUUAUUAAAAAGAAAAUUAUUCCAAACUAUUGAUGAUGAUGAGACAUUUAAAAAAUAUUUCGAUGUCUUAGAUAUGAAUAAAAAUAAAAAAAUUAACUUAGAUCAAUUAAAAAUGUAUUUGGGAUUAGUAGGUGACAAGAUUAGUCAUGAGGAAAUUAAUUCAUUCAUAAGUUACUAUGUUGAAAAUAAUAAAAAAUUAAUUCAAAACGAUUUAACUUUAGAUGAUAAAAAUUUACCUACUGAAAUAGGACUAACAGUCUAUAAAGAUAUAUUAACAUAUUUUAAGAACUUCUAA